UUUUUCCCCAUUUCUUAUCUUUAUUACUUGAACAUGCUUCAGAAUUUUUCCACUCACCAGUUCAUGUCUUUCUUUUCUCUCCAAACCCUCUUCUUAUUUAGAAUUUUCCUUAGCUUGUCUUCUGACUGUUCUAUUGCAUCCCAUUUUUUUUCCUCAAAUCUCUUUUUCACAGACCUGUUUUGUUCCCCGUCCUCUGCUGUGCUUCAUUCCUUAGUCACAGUCUUGUCAUUUCUGCCAUCCUUCAUUUUCUUAUUAAUCUGGGUUAUUUCUUCAUCUUCCUCGAAUUUUCUUUUUCUUUAUUUUCCAAUAUCAAUUUCCCUUGUUUCCCCUUCAUUGUCAUCUUAUCUAAUUUUCUUUAAUAUUCGGUAUGAAGUUCAGGAGUAAUGUCUUCAUUUAUCUAAAAUUUCCUUUCCAGUGAUACACUAUUGCAUUUUUCUUUCGUAGGUGUUACGUGAGUCUCGCCUUCGCAUUCCGAGGACUCUUGAAAUCCAUCGUAUUUUAAGCGUGGAUGGUUUUCGUCUGUCUUCGUGACUCUCCAUGAUCGCCGCGUCCUCCUCUGCCCCUUAUUAAAUGUGUUCAUUAUUGCCUGAAGCGGAGAAGGGCAAGCGCUUCCCUGUCACUGGUGUCCGAGCUGCUCCCGCUCCUCAAGGAAUGUGCGUGCCGGGACCGCCGUGUUUGUGACGGGGAGGGCUGCCACUGAAGAGCUGCUGUAGUGUUAUGCCUCGCUAGACCAACUGAUUGCCAGAGCUGUCUUGAACUGCCCCUUUGUCAACCUUUGGCUCGUCCAAGUGUGUGCAGACAGAAACCAUGGAGUUGAACCUGACACGAGUGGAUUAUAUGCAAGUGGGUCUGACGUCCCCACGCUGUCUUAGAGUCCUGCCAUCUGGGACUCCUAAAGGACAGCAGAAGGUGGUGAUUGGGGACCAUGAUGGAACAAUCCAGCUCUUCACUAUGAAACGUGGGGAAGUACAGUUCGGCUUCCAGACUCAGGCUGGCAAGAGCAUCACUCGUCUUGAGCUUGGUGGAGCACUUGGAACAGUGAAAGACAAAAUAUUUGUCUCUUCUGGCAAUGAAGUCCGAGGUUACACAAAAAAGGGAAAGCAGUUCUUGGGUUUUGAUACAAACUUAACUGAAGAAAUCAAAUCAAUGCAUAUUAGUGGAAGUGACUUGUUGGUAUGCGGUGAUUAUGUCUACAACCAUUACCAUGACUGCCAAGACUCAAACUACUAUUUGGCCGCAGACAAAAUAAAUGAUGUUAUUUCACUCCCAGCUGAGAAGAUGAAGAACUUGGUGCCUGUAUUGGCAUGUGAGGACCGCCUGCUGAGGGUGAUGAGAGACUCGGAUGUGCUGUACUCAGUGGAGCUGCCCUCUCCCUCCACUUGCCUCCAACUCUUCUACAAUGAUGGAGGAGAAAAUGGUGACCAACUCCUGUAUGGCACCUCAGAUGGGAAGAUUGGUCUUGUGCAGCUGGGCAGAGGAGCAGCCAUUCAUCGGUGGGUGAGCGAGAAUGGUGGUGGGGCAGGCAGUGUUGGCUCCUCCCGGCGUGGUGGUGUGACCAGCAUGGAUCAUCAUGACAUGACUGGGGAUGGCAUACGGGAUCUUAUUGUGGGUAGAGAUGAUGGAUCACUAGAAGUUUACUCCUAUGAGGAUGGAGAUGAGGCAGAGCCAACCCUCAGGUUCUCCAUGGCAUGCAAUGAAAGUGUGACCUCAGUACAGGGUGCAGUUGUAGGAAGUGCUGGUUAUGAUGAAAUUGUAGCAUCAACAUACACAGGCUGGGUCUUUGGAGCCACAACAGAGCCUAUGGAUCGCCACAUGACCUCAGAGUCAGGAGUGGUGCAGAUUUCCCAAGACUCAAAACUCAAGAUAGAGAAACUGAGGGGUGAAAUAGAUGACCUGCAGCAGAGAGUGUUGAGAGAACGUGACCAGUACCAGGCGGCUACCCAAAGUGCCUUCCCAGGCAUCUCGGCAGUUCCAUUCUUCUCCAUAAAUGAUAAGAUGACCUUGAAUCGUAGUGAUGCAUCAUACCUGCUGAGCCUGGAGGUGCAGACAGCAAUAGACAAUGUGCUGCUGCAGAGUGAUGUUCCCAUUGACCUUUUGGAUGUGGAGAAGAACUCAGCUGUUGUGAGCUACAGCACCUGUGACCCUGACAGUGGAAAUUUCUUGCUGGCAACUUAUCGAUGUCAGGCUAAUACCACUCGCUUGGAGGUACGGAUCAGAACCAUUGAAGGACAAUAUGGCACACUACAGGCUUACAUCACUCCCAGACUGCAGCCCAAGUGUUGUCAGGUUCGACAGUACCGCAUCAAGCCGCUCUCCCUCCAUUCUCGUAUUCACUCCUUCGACCCCAACCGUCCCUACAAUGUGCUUACCCUUAAGGGACAUUUCACUUUCCCUGAGAUACACUCCUGGGUAGUGUUCUGUCUACCUGAGCUGCCUGAGAGGACACCAACAGGAGAACAGGCUGAGUUCACUUUUGUCUCCACUUUUCUUGAAACUCAGCUGCACUGUGUGUAUAGUGCGAAGGAAGCCAUCUUUAAAUCAGAUAACAUCUCAACCAUUUCAAUCCUCAAAGAUGUGCUCACCAAGGAGGCAACACGAAAAAAAGUUCAAUUGGACAUUUCUUGUGAGGUGAGUGAGGAGAGUGUGGUACAUGCCCUCCAGCUCCUUCAUCCACGGCUCGGUGCACAGCUCAUGUUGGCAAAGCAGGUUUCACUGAUAGAUGCCCUGAGGGAACUGAGUUCCCAUGAAUCAGACACAAGUUUUCUUUCCCCUGAGUACCAGUACAUUCUGGACAAUGCAGAUGAUCUGCAAGCACAGUACCGAAAACAGCCAUGUCACCUGGAGCGUCUUUAUGGUAUGAUUACAGACUUGUACAUCGACAAGUAUAAGUUUAAAGGUAUUAAUGUCAAGAGCCGUGUUCCCCAACUCUUAGAAAUAUUGGAUAACUAUGGUAAUCUUAACAUCCAGCACCUUACAAACUUCUUUCAAGCACAGUAGAGGGAAUAACUUGUGUAUGGUUAAAUCUUUUUUGUUGUAUGAAGCACCUUUUGAUACAAGGGCACAGAGUGGUCUCAUGAGUUCUAUAGCAUUUAUGACUGGUGACUCACUAGUUCUUACUGAAUCAAAAUUAUUCCCAUUUUUUACAUGUGCAUCUAUUUUUACAAGUUUUACAUGAUCACUUUUUUUCAAGUAAAAGUAGUAAAUCCCUUCACCACAUAAAUAAAUACUUCCCUCAAACUACUUUCCUAUUGCUUUAAUUUCUUGCCCAUCUAAAGUUUUUAAUCUAUCCUCAACAGGAAGAUUCACAUCUGUCACUUCACAAUUUUCUAUCUGAUCGCCAGUAUGGGUUCUGUCAAGACCGCUCUACUGGUGAUCUUCUGGCUUUCCUUACUGAGUCUUGGUCAUCCUCUUCUAGAGAAUUUGGUGAAACUUUUGCUGUUGCCUUGGACAUAUCAAAAGCUUUUGAUAGAGUCUGGCACAAAGCUUUGAUUUCCAAACUAUCCUCCUACAGCUUCUAUCAUUGUCUCAGCAACUUCAUCUCAAGUUUCCAUUUUGACAGUUCUGUUGCUGCUGUGGUAGAUGGUCACUGUUCUUCAGCUAAAUCAGUUAACAGUGGUGUUCCUCAGGGUUCUGUCCUGUCGUCCACUCUCUUCCUGUUAUUCAUCAAUGAUCUUGUAAACCAAACUUCUUGUCCUAUCCACUCCUACGCUGAUGAUACCACCCUCCACUUUUCCACAUCUUUUCAUUGAUGUCCAACCCUUUAGGAAGUACACAGCUCAUGCGGAGAAACCACAGAAUGCCUGACUUCAUAUCUCUCUAAAAUUUCUGAUUGGGGCAGAGCAAACUUGGUAUUGUUCAAUGCUUCAGAAACUCAUUUCCUCCAUCUAUCAACUUGACACAACCUUUCAGACUACCACUCUUCUUCAAUGACACUCAGCUGUCCUCCUCCUACACUGAACAUCCUCAGUCUGUCCUUUACUUAUAAACUGAACUGGAAACUUCACAUCUCAUCUCUAGCUAAAACAGCUUCUGUAAAGAUAGGUGUUCUGAGCUGCCUCUGCCAGUUUUUCUCUUCCCCCCUCCCCAACUGCUAACUCUGUACAGAGGCCUUAUCUGUCCAUGUAUGGAGCAUGCUUUACAUGUUUGGUGGAGGAGGGAUUCCACUCAUACCAUUCUUUUAGACAGGGUGGAAUCAUAAGCUUUUCAUCUUAUCAACUCCUCUCCUCUAACUGACUGUCUUCAGCUGCUUUCUCAUCACCGCAUUGCUGCAUCUCGUGCUAUCUUCUGUCACUAUUUUCAUGCCGAUUGCUCUUCUGAUCUUGCUAAUUGCAUGCUUCCCCUCCUCCCGCGGUCUCACUGCACAAGACUUUCCUCUUUCCCUCACCCCUAUUCUGUCCACCUCUCUAAAGCAAGAGUUCACCAGUAUUCUCAAUCAUUGAUCCCUUUCUCUGGUAAACUCUGGAACUUGGAACUCUCUGCCUGCUUCUGUAUUUCCAUCUCCUAUGACUGAACUCUUUCAAGAGAGAGGUUUCAACACACUUAUCCUGUAUUUCUGAUUAAUGCUUUCAACUGUGUAUGGAGACUAGUGCCUCAAUAACUUUUUUUUUUUUUUUUUUUUUUUUUUUUUUUUUUGCCCUUGGCUGGUGUUCCUCCUACAUAAUAAAAAUAAAUUGGCAUCUGAUUAAGUCAUAGAACUAUGUUUUGAAUUAUUGAAUUGAAGAGCAUGUAAAAGCAGGAAAAAUAGAGGACUUUUGCCAAAUAUACCAAGAUAAACCAACUCCUAGAGAUGUAAACAAGUUACAAAAGUUCUGUGAUACAUCAGUUUCAUUCCCAUUUUCCAAAACAAAGCCAGUGAAGAACUCAUGAGAUCUGCUUAGGAAUCUAAGAGUUCACAUAAGUCCGUCCAGGAUAGGUUUUAUAAGAAGUGUACAAUAUAGAAGAAAUUGUCUGCUGGUAUUACUAGUAGUUGGGUUGGUGUUGUCAACUCACUCAAGGAAUAUAGUGAUAAAAAGUUUAACUUAUGCAAUAAUGGUAUGUUGAGGGGACACUGUAAAGGUAUUGAGUUAAACUCAAUCUGGCCAUGAGUAGAGUUGGGCACUGAAUACACUGAAUGUAUGUAGAUACUAAAUACCCAUACAUGGGAAAAAUGUACUGUAUUUGCCGGUGUAUCAGAUGCACCUCUACAUAAGAUGCAUCCUUAUUUUACUAGGAUGUUUUGUGGAAAAGUUUUAUUAUAUUUCAUCAUAAAGUUAUGAAAAAGAUUGUAUUUGUGUGUGUGUGUGUGUGUGUGUGUGUGUGUGUGUGUGUGUGUGUGUGUGUGUGUGUGUGUGCAAGAGGGCCAUUGGCCAAGCGCGCAAAAACUUUUAAUAAAAAGAAAGGCCCACUUAAUGCCAGUUCCCCUAGAGAUCAGAUAAAAAAAAAAAAAAGAGAGAGAGAGGAUAAGUGUCUUGAAACCUCCCUCUUGAAAAGUUCAAGUCAUAGGAAGAAGAAAAUACAGAAGUAGGCAAAGAGUUCUAGACUUUAGCAGAGAAAGGGAUGAAUGAUUGGGAAUGCUGGUUAACUCUUGCAUUAGAGAGGUGGACAGAAUAGGGAUGAGAGAAAGAAGCCAGGCUGCAGGAGGAGGGGAGGUUUGCAGUUAGUAAGAUAAGAAGAGCAGUUAGCAUGAAAAUAGUGAUAGAAGACAGCAAGAGCUGCGACAUUGCUGUGAUGAGAGAGAGUCCGAAGACUGUCAGCUAGAGGAGAGGAGUUGAUAAGACAAAAAAAAGCUUUUGAUUCCACCCUCUCUAAAAUAGCUGUGUGAGUGGAAGCCCCACCCCUAUACAUGUGAAGCAAAUUCCAUACAUGGACAAAUAAAGCCCCUGUACAGAGUUAGUAGCUGAGGGUGGGGGACAAGGCGGAGUUGAGAAAAACUGGCAGACGACACAGAAUACUUAACUUCAUGGAAGCUACUUGUGGAGCUAGAGAUGAGAUGUGAAGUUUCCAGUUUAGAUUAUAAGUAAAAGACAGACCGAGGGUGCUCAGUGUAGAAGAGAGGGGCAGUUGAAUGUCAUUGAAUGAGAUGGUACAGAUAUCUGGAAGGUUGUGUCAAGUUGAUAGAUGGAGGAAUUGAGUUUUUGAGGCAUUGAACAAUACUAAGUUUGCUCUGCCUUAAUCAGAAAUUUUAGAUCAGAACUCAGGUGUUCUGUGGCUUCCCUGCAUGAACUGUUUACUUCCUGAACGGUUAGACGUCGAUGAAAAAGAUGUGGAAAAGUGCAGUGUGGUAUCAUCAGCGUAGGAAUGGAUAGAACAAGAAGUUUGGUUUAGAAGAUCAUUGAUGAAUAAUAAGAAGAGAUUGGGUGCCAAAAUCCCUAAGAGUGUGUGUGUUUUUUCCUCACAUCUGGUGUGAUGCAGCGCUGUAGCUGUGCAGUACUACCAUCACAUAAAAAACCACGUGUGUGUGUGUGUGUGUGUGUGUGUGUGUGUGUGUGUGUGUGUGUGUGUGUCUCUCUCUCUCUCUCUCUCUCUCUCUCUCUCUCUCUCUCUCUCUCUCUCUCUCUCUCUCUCUCUCUCUCUCUCUCUCUCUCUCUCUCUCUCUCUCUCUCUCUCUCUCUCUCUCUCUCUCUCUCUCUCUCUCUCUCUCUCUCUCUGUGUAUGUGUGUGUGUGUAUGAGAGAGAGAGAGAGAGAGAGAAUUUUAUUAUUAGUAACAAUAUUUGUGCAUUGUGUAUUACUGCUUCAGUUCCACACCUAUAGGCAUAGGCUUACAGGCCUAGGCAUCUGUACUGUGGUCACAUUAAAUGCAGGGUAAUUAUUAUUAUUAUUAUUAUUUUUUCUCAAGAAAAAGUGUCUAAGGCAUAUUUGAAUACUGAACACAUUUCACACUCUUAUUUAAAUGCUAAAUAUAUCACUUCCAUUUUAAUUCUGCUAAUGCAUAUUUUUGCCAUUUACUAUAAAUUCCUAAUAUCACAAGGUAAUGACCAGGAUUCCAAGAUCAUGGGGAAAAAUCCCAGAGAGUGGACAUGCUGCUCCCAUUUCCACCAUUCAUUGCUGCCAAAUAGUUGGGAAGGAUUAUGGCCAAAUUAACUGAUAUAUAAAAAAAAUGUUUUUUAUGUAUUUUUAACAUUAAAAUUCAUUAUAUUCAAAUGCUCAUUAAUUCUUUGAAUACUGCAUUUGAAUUAAAACAAUGUAUACAAUACUGUUCUAAAUACAGAAAUGUAUUGAAGUACUGCUCAGCUCUACCAAGGAAUCUUUCAAAUGAUUCCUAAAGCACUACUCUUAAAGGUUGUCCCUUCAAUGUGCCUCCUAUUUUCCUGAAUUAAAAAUAAUUUAAUUGAUGUAAGAAAUGGUUUGUUUUACCACUCAUGAAAGAGGUUGGUUGGUGGGGGCAUUUCAGUGGGGGAGUUUUCGGCACUAAUCCAACAAGAUGUCUCUACUGCAUAUCCCUUAGUGACAUGAGCUAAAGUGUUGUUAUUGUAAAUCUCAUGUGCAUACAAAUGCAUAGAACAUUGAUCAUUACAGUACUUUUGAAAUUAUGCAUCAACUUUUAUACAUCUUGUAUGGAUACUUUUGAGUUGGUCAAAAUAUAAAUAUUUUUCAUGAUUAUUUAGUAAUACUGUUAUCAAUAUUUUAAAUAUGGCAUAUUACAAGUCUAAAAUUUAUUGAUUUGGAUAAUGAAAAAAGAUAAAAAAUAAGACUGCUAUAUAGUAUGACACAACAUAUUCAGUAACAUUGUAAUAUAUGGAUAUAAUUAUUUUCAUGAGGAUUUUAGCAUCUUUUUCAUGAAGCAAGCAACAUGGCAAAGUAAUUGAUCACCAAAACAAACAUCUCUCUGGUGUAAUGGGAGAGGAAUACAGGUUCAUAGAGUAGUGGCAUGGACACUGCAGCAGGGAUUAACUGGUUGUCCAAUCACAUGUUUGUUAACUUCAACUAAGGUGGGCCAGUCAGAUGUUUGUUUUGGUUAGAUAUACAGCAUUACUUUUGCCAGGACACUCGAGUUGUCUAUUUUCAAUUAAAAUUGUUGUUUCCACAUACUAGGAAGUUGAUCUAUGUAAUUUGGAGCUUUAAGUGGCAUAGACACGUCUUAAUUUUUAUUGUCAUUUUGUAUUAAUAAACUUCUGAUCAGU